AUGAGCUGGUGCGGCAGCGGCGAAGGGUGCAGCUGGGCUCCCUUCGCCGAAAGUCCCAGCACUUCCAGGCAGCAGAACCAGCCUCAAGGGCACUAUGGACUUACCUCUCCAAUUAGCUUGGCUCUUCCUAAUGACGUAGACCACACUCACACUCAGAAGCUGAUUGAAGCCAUGAAGCCAUUUGGGGUGUUUGAAGAUAAGGAAGAACUGUACCACAGGACAACUGUCCUCGGUAAACUGAAUAACUUGGUCAGAGAAUGGAUUUCAGAACUUGCCGAGAGCAAGAAUCUUCCCCCUUCAAUAAUAGAACAUCUUGGUGGCAAGAUAUUUACAUUUGGUUCCUACAGGCUCGGAGUGCACACUAAAGGUUCUGACAUAGACGCCCUUUGUGUUGCUCCCAGCCAUGUGGAGAGGUCGGAUUUUUUUCAGUCGUUCUUUGAGAAACUGAAAAAUCGAGAGGAAGUAAAAAAUCUGAGAGCCAUUGAGGAUGCCUAUGUACCAGUUAUCAAAUUUGACUUUGAUGGCAUUGAGAUUGAUCUUGUGUUUGCAAAACUGUCCAUGCCAACCGUGUCUGAUGAUCUCGAUCUCAGAGACGACUCGUGCCUGAGGAGCCUGGAUAUAAGAUGCAUAAGGAGCUUAAAUGGCAGCAGGGUUACCGAUGAAAUACUGCGUUUGGUGCCACACCUGGAGAACUUCCGCCUCACACUCCGUGCCAUUAAACUGUGGGCAAAACGACGUGGUGUUUACUCCAACAUAAUGGGGUUCCUUGGUGGAGUUUCCUGGGCAAUGCUGGUAGCGAGGAUAUGUCAGCUCUACCCCAAUGCUUUGGCCUCCACUCUCGUUAACAAGUUCUUCUUGAUUUUUUCAAAGUGGGAUUGGCCGAAGCCGGUAUUGCUGAAGCGACUUGAAGAGAGCUUCCUUAAUUUACCAGUGUGGGACCCUAGGGUGAACCCAUCAGACCGGUACCAUGUGAUGCCCAUCAUCACACCAGCCUAUCCGCAGCAGAACUCUACGUACAAUGUCUCCACGUCAACACGAGCGGUGAUGGUAGAGGAGUUCCAACGUGGUCUUGAAGUCACAGAUGAGAUUCUUAAAGGAAAAUCGGACUGGUCAAAGCUCUUUGAACCACUGAACUUCUUUCAGAAGUACAAACACUAUAUUGUGCUCACUGCUAGUGCCUUUACAGAGGACCAUCACCUAAAUUGGAUUGGCCUUGUUGAGUCGAAAAUUCGUGUGCUGGUUGGAAACUUGGAAAGGAAUGAAUUUAUAACUAUUGCACAUGUACAGCCACAGUCCUUCCCUGGCAGUGAAAAUCUCUAUAAACAGAGCGGAUAUGUGUCAAUGUGGUUUCUUGGACUUGUGUUUAAGAAAGUGGAAAGUGCAGAAAAGACUAAUGUUGAUUUAACACAUGGGAUACAGUCGUUCACAGACACAGUUUACAGGCAGGCCAGUGCCCUCAACAUCCUGAAGGAAGGGAUGAAGAUUGAGGCAACUUAUGUGAAGAGAAAGCAACUGCAUUAUUUUUUGCCAGCAGAAACCUUACAGAAAAGAAAGAAGCAAAGAGUGUCAGAGAUUAGUCAAGGCAAUAGUGGACUUCAGUGCAAAAGGUCUUCUUUAGGGGAAAGCUGUUCUGACACUUCCAAAGACAGAGACUCCAGAGCACCAUCUAAUUCCUCUUUGUUAAAUAAGAUAUCCAAACUGGACACCUCUACAGCAGAGGCAGACAGAAAUGUUGCAUGUCAGAGUUGUAGUGGUGCCAACAGUGUAGCUGAGCCAUCAACGUCUAAGGGACUCUGCAUUCCCGUGGCUGACCCAAAAAUGGAGGCUUCAGUUGCACUAAGAACAUCGGGACCUCCAAUUGGUUGCACCAUUCCGGGAUAUAACCCAGUUUCUCAGCUCAGGACGUGUUUUGUCCAAGGACACCAUAAAUUAAGUGGGACUCUAAUCACGGAUCCUAAGAGUGCUGCACCCAAACAACAUUAUUCACCAACCUCUAAAGUAUCUCGUCUACCUACACCGGGAGAAUGCCCCCAAAAAGCCAUAGAUGGAGAAAAGCUGAACACCUGGGAUUCAGAUUUCACAGAAAGCGGAUAUCCUCAAGAUGGGAGGAGGAGAGCUGCAAGAAAUGGAGUCCUUGAUGGAAAAUCCAUGCAGAUUCCAGUGAUCACAUCAAGAUCACAGAGGCUUUCCAGUAAAGAACUACCAGAUUCUUCAUCUCCUGUUCCAACAAAUAGCAUUCGUAUUAUUAAAAGAUCCAUCAAACUCACCCUCAAUGGGUAACUGGUGCAUCUGCAGGUGAAGAGGAAUGACUCCUUGUCGAUGGUCCGUGCUGUGAAUGUGUGUUGCACUUACUAACAAA